AUGAGAGAGAGUGUCAGGGAGAAAGUGGGAGAGAGAGAGAGGUUUUCAGUUGGUCAGUUUUCCGGUGAGGAGUGGACGGUUUUCGUUGACAAUCUGAGUAAAAGGGUAACUAGGAAAACUCUUAAGGAAAUUUUUCAUCAACAGGGGAGUGUUGUUCGUGUCUACAUUCCGAAUUAUUCCAACAAGCCGAAUUAUAGAAAUUAUACGUUUGCUUUCGUCCAGUUGGCUAAUGAGGAUGGAUUGUUGAAGGCGAUAGCAAAUAUUAAUGGUAUCUGGAUUGAUGGUAAGAAAAUCUCAGUAGGAGUUGCUAAGUACCAGAAGAAGAGACUAAAGCAGGCUGGUAGAAGUAACGACAGUAAGGAAGUUGAUAAGUGGAAAAAGGAUACGCAUCGGAGUAGAAGAGCUGGAUCAGAAUCUUAUAGCCGACUGAGAGAUGAGAGAUCUUACAAGGAUGCGUUAGCAUCUUUGGAUGGAAGAAGAGAAGGUCCGGCGUCUAAAGUGAUUUGGGAAGGCCAUAAAGACAAGGAAGUAGGGGUGAGGAAUUUGUGGUAA